AUGCUCACUGAGUGUGAAAGAAUGUUUGGCGAAGGCCUUCUGCGCCUGCCAGUCAAGCACAAUUUCCGUUACGGACCAAAAGCUGAAGAAGAAUUGUUACAACUUCUAUUUCGUUCUCUCUCAGGCUACGACUCCCAGCGGCUGAAACUGUUAUUUCCUGAUGGAGCACCUGAGGAUAGGCCUUGGAAACUGGCAGAAGCACAAGGGGCUCGGGAAGGCGCUGAAUAUAGCGAAGCUGCGCGAGGCAAACGUUGCGGCCAUAUUUUCAGAGCGGGCGAAGGAACAUACCGAUGCAUCACCUGUGCUGCAGAUGAUACCUGUGUUCUUUGUAGCCGCUGCUUCGACGCUUCCGACCACGCAGGCCACCAGUAUCAAAUCUCCUUGUCGUCUGGGAACUGCGGAUGUUGUGAUUGCGGCGACGAAGAAGCCUGGCGACUACCUCUAUGUUGUGCCAUUCACACCGAAAGUGGUGAUUCCAAGGGAAAACAGCGUGCCAAACCGGAAUUACCCGCAACAUGGGUCGAGGACAUCCGAGUAACAGUCUCGCGAUCAUUGGAUUACUUCUGUGAUGUUAUAUCUUGCUCGCCCGAACAGCUGAGACUACAAAAGUCCGAAGAAGGAAUUCGUCAUGAUGAGGAAGCUUCAAGACUACAUCCAGGGUGGUAUGGAAAAGGUGAUGAGCCAGAAGAUGAACCGGAGUUCGCCCUAGCGCUUUGGAAUGAUGAAAAACAUACGAUUCGCGACGUUUCCCACCAGGUUAUGCGUGCAUGUCGCGAGCGUGCUAGCUUCGGUGAAGCAAAAGCACACGAGACAAAUGAUGUCGGACGAAGCGUUGUCAAAUAUUCGAAAGAUUUGAACAGACUAUUGCAAGUGUCCCGAACGAUUGAACACAUCAAGGUCACUGUAACCGUCCGCUCUGCCAGAGACACCUUUAGGGAAUUAAUGUGUGGUACUAUCAUUGAAUGGCUAGCAGACAUUGCAGGCUGCAGUUUCGGUGAAGACAGUGAGAUUUUGCGUCAGGUAGUCUGCGAGGAACUUCUACGGCCCUGGAGGCGAGGAAGUGGCGCGUAUAAUGCAGAUAUUGGAAUGCAGGGAAUCGAUGACCAUGAACGACAAGACUUAUCAGCACCUUACCGGGCGAUUACCUUGACAUUAUCGCCCCAGGGAGGGGCAUUUGUUGGAUCAGAAGAUGACGAUGAAGACGUCGAUGACAAUGAAGAUGGACAAGAUCGAAACGAGGAGGAGGCUAUGGAAGGAGAUGACGAAGAGGAAGACGAUGAUGAUGACUACGAAGAGAUGGAAAUCGACCUUGAACGUCUUCGGCAAGAAGUUGGAAACAACGAGGGUGAGGAUGAUGUCGAUAUGGGCAACAUGGAAGAUGAACUAGAAGCAGCCACGGCUACAUUCGGUCGAUACCCUCCUCCUCCUCCCCCUCCUCCACCGCCACCUGCUCGCCAGGCUGGUACUCCCGUUUCGGACGUAGAUAUGGGCGAAAUGACACCUCAUCAUGAGACCACUCAUGUGAAGAUCCCAAAAACACCAACAAACUCUGUCAAGCCGACCGCGGCAAAGACCCCAAUCCACUGGCAAACUCGACCUGCACGACCCCAAGGGGAUGUUCCGGCCUAUGAGGACCUCACCGAACGUACCCGUCUAGAUUGGAUGGUCUUGUUUGAUUUGAGACUGUGGAAGAAAGCCAGGACAGAUCUCCGCGACUUAUACAUUAGUACGGUGGUCAAUGUGCCUCAAUUCAAACGUAUUAUGGGCUUGCGCCUUUCAGCAUUAUAUACAGCACUGGCUCAGUUGUAUUUGAUUGCUGACCGUGAACCGGACCAUUCCAUUGUCAACCUAUCCUUGCAGCUUCUCACAACUCCAUCAAUAACUGAGGAAAUUGUUCAUCGCGGUAACUUCCUUACCAAAGUAAUGGCUAUUCUCUACACCUUCCUCACGACACGACAAGUGGGUGAGCCUUGGGAAGUCAACCCAACGGCAACAUUGGCAUUUGAUGCUGGUUCAGUAACCAAUCGUCGUCUUUACCAUUUCUUCCUCGACCUGCGCUACCUCCUUCAGUCAGAAUUCGUACAAAACCGUAUUCGCUCAGAUGAGCAAUACCUUCUGCAAUUUCUAGAUCUCGUCAAGCUUCCUCAAGGGAUCUGUCCUAAUGUGAGGGCUGUCGGAGAACAUGUAGAGUACGAAACAGACACCUGGAUCAGCGCUUCAAUCUUGAUGCGAGAGAUCAACCGCCUUUGUCGUCAGUUCUGUGACGCUUUCCGCCAUCCUGGACAUGGACAAGGUGAGAAUCUUGUACGUGCGAUCAAGACAGCGGCUAUUUCAGCAAUCGCGCAUUCAAGCGGAGUUGAGAGAAAGCGAUUUGAUCAGGCUGAAAUCAAAGAACAUGUCUGUUUCAAACAACUCCCUCUCUUUGACUUUGAAAACUAUGAUGUCACUCCCGAAGGGCAGCUACAACGACACAGGGUGGUUGACUUUGUUGUGGAGAAGGGCUCUGUAAGCUUCCACCAUGCCCUCCAUUAUACACUCUCUUGGUUGUUGGAGUGUGGCCGGGGCAUGAGCAGUGAAUUAAUGCGUGACCUUUUACUGGAUGCUGCCCGAACGGCAAACGAGAGAUACGUUCACGAUAGGCAUCUAAGCAAUGAAGAUCUUCUUUUGACGAUGUUUGACUACCCACUACGCGUCUGUUCUUGGCUUGCUCAGAUGAAGGCAGGAAUGUGGGUUCGUAACGGUUUGAGCCUUCGUCAUCAAAUGUCUCAAUAUCGGGGAGUGUCUUCCCGUGACUUUGCAUAUUACCGUGAUAUCUUCUUGCUUCAGACUGCUUUCGUAACAUGCGACCCUAGUCGUGUUCUUGCUACUAUUGCCGAACGGUUUGGAGUAGUUGCGUGGAUCAUUGGAGACUACCAAGCGCGUCCUGGAUACGAAGAUUACCAAAUUGUCGAUGUUGCGGAAGAGUUUGUGCAUUUGCUCAUCAUCUUGAUAACGGACCGUACAUCACUGACUGCAGAUGAUGAUGAUGCCAUGACGGCCCGCGAGAAUAUCAGCCGCGAUAUAGCUCAUGUAUUGUGCUUUAAACCACUAUCAUUCUCCGACUUGUCUACACGUUUAAGCGAUAAGUUGUUGGAAACGGACAUGUUCCAGGAUGUUUUAGAAGAUGUUGCUACAUUUCGUCCUCCGGAAGGAUUGAAUGACACUGGCACAUUCGAGCUCAAGCCUGAUUACAUCGACAUGGUCGAUCCAUUUAGUGCCCAUUACAACAAAAAUCAACGUGACGAAGCGGAGAGUAUCUAUCGAAACUGGAUGGCAAAGAAAACAGGCAAGGAAGCUUCAGACAUUGUCUUUGAACCCAAACUUCGGCCUAUCCCGGAUGGAGCAUUCUUAAACCUUUCAGCAUUUACAAAAACCCCGUUAUUUGCUGAAAUAAUCCAUCGCUGCCUUGACUAUACGAUCUGCUUUAAAGACAAAACUCCUCAAAUUCCGUUAACACGGGUUGAAACGUUUCUCCAUAUUGUACUGCAUUUGACCCUUGUUGCUACCUUAGAAGAUAAUAGCAAGGAAAAUGAUCAUCCCGUGGAAUCUUUCAUUUCAAACGCUCUCUCGAAAUCGAGGAUGACACAGGAUGUCGGUGUCCUUACCAUUGUCGGUCUUUUGGAAAAGAUCUCAGUUGCAAAGGAGUACGAAAGCUGCAGCGCCAAGAUCAAGCACAUCAUCAAAAUAAUGUGGCAGAAGCAACCAAGGUCGUAUGCAUCUGCCACACAAAGUUUGAAUUUUCCGUAUGAGCGACUUGACACUAAUUCUCCAGCAAGGAAUAUUGAAUCUGAGCAAGAAAUCAAGAAGAAACAAGCAUUGGAUCGUCAAGCCCGUGUUAUGGCACAGUUCCAGCAACAACAGCAAAACUUCCUCAAUAGCCAAUCUGCUAUUGAUUGGGGCGAAGAGGAUUUCAGUGACACGGAUUCUGAAACCCUAGGCGAAGCUGAAACGAAGACCUGGAAAUAUCCUAGUGGCACUUGUAUUCUGUGUCAGGAGGAAACUAAUGAUUCGAGACUUUUUGGAACCUUUGCCUUGGUUCAGGAUAGCAGUAUUUUACGUCUGACUGAUAUCUACGAAAAAGACUGGAUACGGGAAGUGUUAAGAAACCCCUCGAGUCUCGACCGCUCUGCAGAAUCCAUUCGACCCUUCGGUGUGGCUGGAGAAAACAAGGUCAUGGUGAAAAAGCUCGAUUCAUCAGGUGGUGAGGUUAUAACCGAGAAGAUUGGUCUCAGUAAAGGGUUCUCAUCAAAGAAUACGCUUCGUGGCCCGGUGACCACAGGCUGCGGUCACAUAAUGCAUUAUGCCUGUUUUGAAGUCUACUGCACGGCCACGCAACGGCGUCACUCCCAACAAGUCGCACGAAAUCAUCCAGAGCAUUUGGAUCUGAAAGAAUUCGUCUGUCCUCUCUGUAAGGCAUUAGGGAAUGCAUUCUUACCAAUAGUCUGGAAAGGCAAAGAAGAAACUUAUCCUGGUGUUUUGAAUACGCAGCAUACCUUCGAUCAAUUUAUACAUGAGGAUUUACGGACCACACUUUCCCAGUCACCAAAUUAUCCAUUGGUUACCACGGAGUUUGACAAGGUUCAAUCACCUGCCUAUCGAGACUUGUUUACAGACUAUCUCACAAAAUCUCUGGUCACGCCAUUAUCCAGCAAGAUCGAUCAGUUGACAAUCUCUAUCCCACCUCCAGCACCAACUUCUUCCUUCUGGCCGCUUCCUACACCAAGAGUACUGAUGCCAGGUAUUUUCCCUAGCACUGAAGAGGUUACCAACAACAGCCCACUUCAGCCACCACCUCCGCCUGCAGAGACCCCUGUUGCAGAACUAGUCCAGAUCUAUCGGAGGUUGAAAAAGACUUUGCGGGAGAAUCACGUCCAAUCACAGUUUCCUUAUUCUCAGGAAGUUAGCAACGGAGAGGACCUUAUUUACACAGAUUCUCUAAUUCGAAGUUUCGGUUUUAGCAUAUCUGCGCUUGAGAUUGCGCAGCGUGGAGUCGAAUCCGACCCAGGAGCUACGCUCCUCGACAAGAUUCCACAAUUAACCUUGACGCAUCUUCGCGUACUUGCGGAAACUGCGUAUGCUUAUACCGCUGUAGGAGGCGUUUCAAACCCGUCGCCGAAAAAUCGUGCAACACAGGAGUUUCAAGAGAUGCAUCGUCAAAAAAUCUGCCAACUCUUUGUGGGCCAUCCUGUGAUUAAUGGCACUGCUUUGCUUGACGAUGUGCGCAAUAUUGAGCCGUUGCUUGGCAUGGAUGUUUUCGUAUUCCUCGCUGAAUGCUCCUUGUCUUUGCUCCCAGUACUCAACAUAGAAGUCGGGCACCUAGUGCAACUCUGCUAUGUGGCGGAGAUACUCAAAGUCUCGGUUACUUUCAUCUUAUGGAAUCAUGCACUCAAGGACGAGCUUGCACGAGGAGAAGAUGACAUCGACACAAACUCUUCAAGGGCUCAAUAUGCAGCCACACGGCACUUCUUUGAUGCUGUCGUAUCCGAGCUAAAAUCGAACUCUAUUGGACGGGCUGCCGGAUCUUCGAUAAUGAGUGGCUAUUUGAAAGAGGGCGAAGAUUCAAGUACACCAACCUUAGUUAUGGCAUUACGUCGUCUAAUCUCAAGCUAUGCAUUGCCCUUCUUGAGAAAAACUGUGAUAUUGCUUCACGUUCAGCACGGGGUUGACUUCCCAAGCGCUGGUCUUGGUGAUGAGAAUAUGACAGAGCUCGACCGUUUAACAGAGGUUCUUCGACUACCUACCUUGGAUGAAAUUUUUGAUUCUUUCUCCCCUGCCAAGGCAAAUGACAAUCCUUGGUAUAGAGUCGUAUCGGGAUGGAUAUUCCACUGGAACGCGUCUCGUUCAGGUAUUCGUCUAGAAGAUCACCGGCUAUGGCCUAGCUUGUCUCACCCGGCUAUCUUUGAAUUGAUUGGGUUGCCGAAGUAUUACGAUUUAUUGAUUGAAGAAGCCAACCGCAGACGCUGUCCCAACUCCAAGAAAGAACUGAGCGACCCCAGCAUUUGUCUAUUCUGUGGGGAUAUUUUCUGUUCGCAGGCGGUGUGCUGCAUUGAUAAUGGAUUUGGUGGUUGCAACCAGCACGUCCUAAAAUGCGGUAAAAAUAUCGGGCUAUUCAUUAACAUCCGAAAAUGCACUGUUCUUUACCUACACAAUCACAACGGCUCCUGGCAUUUCGCACCAUAUCUAGACCGACAUGGGGAAGUCGACCCUGGUCUUCGCCGCAAUCGGCAGUUGAUUCUGAACCAAAAGCGCUACGACAAGCUGUUACGCGACGUGUGGCUUUCGCAUAGCAUCCCAGCAACUAUUAGCCGAAAGCUGGAAGCCGACAUCAACAACGGCGGCUGGGAAACUAUAUAA